CGAUCACUCGUUCCGUUCAUUUUAACGUUGUGUUGGUACUUGGUCGAAGGAUCAUACUCAGUACUGUGUAGUUUUGUGUUACAACUUGAAGUAGAAAGAGAGGGCCGCCUUGACGCCUUCCAAGAUGUUGAUCCUUUCUAAAAACUUCCGUGGUCGUUGCCGCUCGUCUCUUCUCUUCAGGAGUUGCAGCCGUUCCUCCUCGAAGUGGAUCGCGCUCCAUCUCCUUUCGUCCGUGUUAUUAGCUAGCUCGUCCUGGUUUGGUUGCUGCGUCGCAGCUUUUCGCCGCAGUGCGCGUGUGCUUGAACUUCAGGAAACGACAUCUUCGAACAACUCCUCAACUUCGGAACUCAUCUCAUCUAGCCUCUGGGACGACGUUUUUUCUUCCCUUUUGUUUUGCUUCCGGGACACCGAGACGCCAGCGUCAGAGGCGAGCCCAGCUCCAUACGUUGUUCAGACGAUAGACGGUACGAAUUUGCAGUGGAUUAUUCUGGCUCAAGUAGAUUUUCAUGUUUGCUGGUCAGCCAUCAUAUCAUCUACUCAACACCAUUUACUACAGGGGGACAGGCUGGCUUGCCUUCUAUUCAUUUUUCUACAAAAUAAACAUAAAGCACAUGCGACUAUCUGUAUCUGUUGACGCAGGUCCGCAACGUGUGCUAAACAGCGAUUGCCCAAUAUGCCUCGUCGACUUCGGGGACGAGGAGGAGGCGCCUACUGCUUGGACGUACCAUUGUGGGCACAUGGUAUGCACUGGGUGCUAUCGUUAAGGAGAAGACUGAUCCAUCAGUCUCGUCGUGUGUCUGUGUGCAACUAACUCGAUCUACUUACACGCAAAUCUAUUUUCCAUUUCGAAAUAUCCUUCUCCUAGUUCUACAUUUUACGUGCAUGACGAGAGACACAUGCUUCGGGCGGCACAAGGAUGCGGUGUCGGGUGGAUGGCGCUAAUAUCAGGCGCUCUUGUCGGCGGGUCGUGACCGAACAUUCGCUGAUGCAAUGCACGAAUUCAAUCUAGAGAAGGCAAGGGAGCAGGUAAUGAAAGCGAGGCUUGGAGCACACUCUGUUUCUGAUCGCUGCUUAGACGAUGAUCCGCAAAGGUCAUAUGAUGCUUCAUCUCCCGCUUCCUCUUCAAGUCAUUUGCAGCUCCGCCCUCGUUGCAGAUCAUCACUCUCAGCGGCGAGCACAACAACGGGGUCAUUGCUUAUGCUGGCGUCUAUUGAUGUCCUUCAGUUCACCAGACUCGACUAAACCAGUACCAAGCAAACUUAUUUAGGUACUUAACCAUAGACGAUGUCGAGAGUUAGUAACUACGUAGGUGUCGUGUAGCAGCUCUAACGAAGAAUCUUCGUCUUCCUCUGGUCUUUCGGGAUCUUCGACAGCUGCGUGUUCUCCGAUGUCUGCGUUGUCACCGGCGCUUCAUGCGACUCCUGAUCCCGAGCGAGCGCCCUCGCGUUGGUCCUCGUUCAUGUUCCCUAGUAGUACUUCAAAAACACAAACAGCUGCGACAUGGACAUCGAGUCAAUCUUCGACCAGGGCAACCGGCAGUCACGAUCAUGAUGUGCCGAACGCAGGAGGGGAGCUCGUCGUGCAUCCUGAUGAACGGCACCAACGGCGCGAGGAUGAAGUCGAAUCACCAUUGGCUCCGAGUGCCGCAACUCGUCGUGGUAAACGGGGUGGCCGUAAUCGCAAUCGAUUUCUAAGCACCGUGCCUGGAGGAGAUCAGGACGAAGACGUUACAACGGCGACGGCACAGGAGACGCAACCUCCAUUUCUUCUGCAGCACCGAAACAGCAAUGCAGCUACAACUAUUAAGGAUUGCCCUAAUUCUAUUUCUAAUUCAUCACUGUCAGAAUUCCAGUUCCUCUAGAGUCGUCACGCGAAAAUCCACAGGCGUGCGAUCUGCUAGUUGGUGCAAGGACCGACGGAAAGACUGUUCUGGGUGGCUCUAAAACGGUUGUGAAAAUCAACAAGCAUUAUUUUUUAAUUCUAAUACACGUGAUGGUCGAUUACCACGAGGAAGACAGCGAGACUCGGAAUCUACUGCGUCUUCCUCUCCAGUACCUGCGGACGAAGAUUUUCGGCAGCCGUCCGAGCGGCAACAACAGCACGAUGCGUACGCGAGAAGUGUGAGGCGUUUGACUUUUUUCAAUGCGGCAUCCUGUCGCCCGGAAGUGAGGUGCCCGCUUUGCAAUAAACAUGAUGUAAUCGAUUACGGCCAGUACUCCCUAUCCUGACCUACUCCUAGUAAAUGAAGGAUCCCUAUCCUAACCUAACCUGCACCCCUAGUUGUAGACUCUCCGUUUCACCAUCCAUCGCGAAGACUGAAAUGUGCAACAUAGUCUGCUGCACGAAUAGACUUCUCUCGUGGAAAAAUUUUAAUUGUAGCGCAGGUUGUCCUUGCUCCGCCUUGCAUCAGAAGGAUGGUAAAAAACCCACUACGUGUACCUCUAAAUACUCGAAGCAGCGUCUGCAUCUUCGAUGGAAACUUUGGGGGUUAAUCACGACGGCGAAAAUCUUCCCGAUUCCGCGUAUCCACUUGAUUGCUACCCUACAGAACUGGUACUUCAAUUGCUGGAUGAACGCCACCACGCUGAAGUUCAAGCGCAAAACCAAGCACGACGAGAAUCCUUCAGCGGGAGAAGUAGUACUAACGGUAGCGCCCGUCAAGGGAAUUAUGUUGAAGGCAGAGCGGAUGCGGAUAAUGAUAGAUUCGGGCCAUCUGGACAAGGACCUAAUUCAGGAGGAGGUCUUUGGCCCUUUUCAACAGCAAGCGACGAAACGGAGGUGGAAUCUGGAUCGUCAACAGAUAACCGCUCCUGCUGCUCUUGGCCCUCGAAGGGAAGAAUGUGUGGCGCCUUGCCCUGUUUCUCAUGCAUGACCCGCAGCCCCUUCGUGCGAGAAUAAUGGACGACAACUGUUAACGAUACGAUAAUUAUAUAUAUAUAUAUUUGCAUUUAUAUGUGAUAAGGAGAAUGGCUUGUGGCUUACAAAGUUUUGAUCUAUAGAUUAGAAGAAGCAUCCUUUCUCAUCUACGGACUUAGGUAGGCAACAUAUCUAUCAGCGAAUUCAUGAGCAUAAUAUGGAUAAAUGAAUACUUUCGCAUAUAUGCUUUUUUUCACAGUUUCCAUGAAUGAUUCGAGUCGUCGUAUGCUGAUGUAAGUAAGUCCUGCACAUUAAGGUGAUAUUAGCAGGACGAGAUUCACGAUGAGGAUGAGCAUAAUGCAUCUUUUGUAUCAGGCGUAAAGUUUUCAUAGUGGGAGUGGGAUCGUGAUGUGUAUGUGUUUGCUCAAAAAUAUAGCUGUUGCACCUGUAGGUGUAGUCCUACUUUGACUUUGAUUUAUUCAUUUUUUUUUCUAGUAUCUAUUUGUAUAAGAAUCACUCAGUUUCAAUGACACGUCCUAUUUUGCAAUUUUGAAUGGGGUUCUGUUCGUCUAUUCUUUUUCUUUCAAUGUGGUCGGUGAGCAUGCGUUGCAAAUUAUAUGAAGAACGACUUUGAACGCAUCGCCCCGCAUGCCCGUGACCUUUACUUAGGCAACAAAGGAUAUUGGAGGUAUUGAAAGCAAAACGUCUCUGCCUUUUCAUCACUUUCUAUGAUUGUCACACAAUAUAAGAUGGUUUCCGACACCGAUUAUCCAUAUUUAUCAUAUCAAUAUUACGUUUUUCAAACUCAACAUAGUAGUUUUUAUCAAAUAGAAAGAGAAAGGCCAAGGCGAUACAUUGUAGUUCACACAUUUCACAGUUGUGUAAGCCACUUACUUCUGUACAAUUUUGAUCUUCAAUUAUCCUGCCCCCAGUAGGUAGUAUGUAUAAUUCCAAUUGCAAAGCCCGUGACAUGCAAUCUUACAACUUGUAGCACAACUACAAGAAUCCCCAAAACGGAUAAAAAGAUAAAAAGUGCUUUUCUUGCCCUGUGGUCUGAACAAGACAGACUUCGCACAUGCAGUAGCCGCGCCGCAGAGACUUAAUUAAUGAUAGCGCUCAACACGACCAACAUACAUCGGUAACGGCUGG